UCCACGCCUCUUACAAGGCGCGUUGCAGCAAGUUUCUCAGUUUAAACAUCCCCUACCUCCUCUUCCUCUUCCCAGAGUGACCUCACUGCACCUCUCUCUGUCCCUCUACACCUCUCAAUCUCCAUUUUUUAUUGCCAUGUCAUUAUACAUUAGUUACUUCUCUCUUGUUUUCUUCAGUUAGUUAUGCAUGACUAAGAAGAUUUUUUGUUCAUUUCUUCCUCUUUUGUCUCCUUUCACUCCAGACCCAUUUCACACCACAAGUUCAGCAUCAAACCCAUUAACUUAAAUCCUUACUUCUAAUCAUUUUGGAUAAUAAUCAUGGCCGAAAUGGCUUGUCUCCAUCUGGGUUUAUUCCAAAACAGUAUCAAUCCCUUUGGUUCUUAGUUAAGUACCGUUUAGUUUGCUCCGAGAGGCGAAGAAUCCCAAGAUUUUUCUUGUUCUCAAAGAAUUUUAUAGAGAGUCAGAGACUACUACUUCAUAUUAUAAUCUGGGUUAUUUAUAUAAUCAGGAUUUGAUAUUGCCUAUUGUAAAUUUGUGGAAAGGGUGGAGUAGUUGAGAUUUGAAAGGUGACAUUUACUGGAGCUGAAAUUGUUUGGUCCGAAAUCCAUGUCUGUGUCUAAGUCAUUCGGCUCAGAGAUUAUGCUUUCGAGCCCCUUUGUUAAAUCAAGGGACGUGGUUGGUUUCAAAGUCUCUCCACCUCUGUGUUCUUGCAAUGGGAUUUUCCCUAAGGUUUCCUGUUCAAGUACUCCACAAAAUGCUACUAGUUCAAUUGCCCAAGAAAAGUUUCCAGUGGAUACUUUUUUGUAUCAAAUCACUGGAACAGAUGGUGUGAGUUCAAACUUGUAUUUUAGGUAUACAAGAGUACUUGAGGCAAUUGAUGAUGAGUAUGAUGGAGUUAUUGUCAAUUCCGAAAGAUUACCAUCUAAUUCAAAUGUCUUUGCCACUAAACUCCGUUCGUCUCUUUCUCACUGGAGAACUAAGGGAAAGAAGGGAGUUUGGCUUAAGCUGCCCCUGGAAAAAUCAGAACUCGUUCCCGUCGCAGUAAAGGAAGGAUUUAAGUACCACCAUGCAGAAAGAGGAUAUGUCAUGAUGACAUACUGGAUUCCUGAAGGACCUUGCAUGCUUCCUGCUAAUGCUUCUCAUCAUGUGGGGGUUGGGGCUUUUGUUAUCAAUGACAGAAAUGAGGUGCUUGUUGUACAAGAGAAACACUAUGCCCCGGCACUUGUUGGCCUUUGGAAAAUACCAACGGGUUAUAUUAAUGAGUCAGAGGAGAUCUUUACGGGAGCUGUUAGAGAAGUUAAGGAGGAAACUGGUAUUGACACUGCAUUUGUGGAAGUUAUAGCUUUCAGGCAUGCUCACAAUGUGGAUUUCGAAAAGUCAGAUUUGUUCUUCAUUUGCAUGUUGAGACCCCUCUCGACGCAGAUCAUGAUUGAUGACCUUGAAAUUCAAGCAGCUAAGUGGAUGCCUUUGGAUGAGUUUGUAAAGCAGCCGCUGAUCCAAGGAGACUGCAUGUUUAAGAAGAUCGUUGAUAUUUGCAUUGCGCGGCUAGGGAAGCGUUACUGUGGAUUAUCCUUUCAUAACCUGGUUUCCAAAUUUGAUGGGAAACUAUCUUCCCUGUACUUUAACAUAGUUGAGUCUCAAGAUUCCAAUUGUCAAGCCAAUUAAAAAUCGCUCGAUCACCAGUCCUAUUGCUGAUGCUGUUUCUUCAUGAUAAUUUUCUGCUCUCCUUUCCCCUUCUGUUUAAAUGGUAGAGGUGUAACGGCGUAUAUAGUCUCACUGUUGACAUUCUUAACACCAGUUGUUCGUGUUCUACAAGUGAUGUACAUGUAUCAUCAGAGGUGUUACAAUUGUAUUUGUUUGUGUUGUGUAUUAUAUAGAAUGUGGUGGCAACUGUACAUGUCUCAUGAUAAGGAUGUCUAACCUAGCCUCCUCAGAUGAAGAUAGAAAUCUUUGGGUAUGGCAUCUAAACACUUCUAUCUUGCUGUUUGUUUGAAUUGAUUUGUUACCUUAUUAAUGAGACUUCUUUCGAUAAAACUAGG